CAUAGCAGGAGCAAGUCAAACAAAACGACCAUCUAUUUGCAUUUCAUUGAUUGCACAAUUCAAAAUCUAAUCUAAACUUUACACUGCUUUUUAUAUUUUGGCUUUUUAUUUAUUUAUUUUCACGAGUUUAUUAUUAUUAUUAUUAUUAUUAUUAUUAUUAUUAUUAUUAUUAUUAUUAUUAUUUAUUUAUUUAUUUAUUUAUUUAUUUAUUUAUUUAUUAGCAGACCCCCUUAUCCAGUAGUUAUCAAAUGUUUAGUUGGUUAAACCUUUUUUUUUUAUAUAUAAAAUAACAUUGACUGAUGUUUUCUUUUGAUGGAGUGAGUAUUACUUUUGGAGAAGAUGGUUGAUUUGGAAAGCGAGGUGCCUCCUCUUCCUCCCAGGUAUAGGUUUCGAGAUUUGCUGCUUGGAGACCAAGGCUGGCAGAACGACGACAGGGUGCAGGUGGAAUUCUAUGUAAAUGAAAAUACCUUUAAAGAGAGACUGAAGCUAUUUUUCAUCAAAAACCAAAGAUCAAGUCUAAGAAUACGUCUGUUCAAUUUUUCUCUCAAGUUACUAAGCUGCCUUUUGUACAUAUUCCGUGUCCUGGAUGACCCUACAAAAGGAAAUGCAUGCUGGGGUUGUUCCAAUCAAAACUACACAACAAUUGAUUGGUCACCUGUUAUCUGGGUGAGAAGGAGUCUUCCUUUAUGGGGGUUACAGGUCACAGUGGCCCUGAUAAGCCUCUUUGAAACAAUGUUGCUGUCAUAUCUCAGUUACAAGGGUAAUAUCUGGGAACAGAUUCUUCGCAUCCCCUUUAUCCUUGAAAUCAUCAACACAGUGCCCUUUUUCAUAACAAUAUUUUGGCCUCCGUUGAGGAACCUAUUUAUUCCUGUAUUCCUAAACUGCUGGUUAGCCAAGCAUGCCCUGGAGAACAUGAUUAAUGACCUUCACAGAGCCAUCCAGCGGACGCAGUCUGCCAUGUUUAAUCAGCUUCUUAUACUGAUUUCCACUCUGCUGUGUCUCAUCUUUACCUGCAUAUGUGGGAUUCAGCAUUUGGAGCGGGCAGGAAACAACUUGAGCUUGUUCGACUCCCUGUACUUCUGCAUCGUCACCUUCUCCACAGUUGGGUUCGGGGACGUCACUCCCAAGAUCUGGCCUUCAAAGUUAUUGGUGGUUAUUAUGAUCUGUGUUGCCCUUGUUGUCUUACCCAUUCAGUUUGAACAGCUGGCAUAUUUGUGGAUGGAGAGACAAAAGUCUGGUGGAAACUACAGCCGCCACAGAGCACAAACAGAGAAGCAUGUUGUGUUGUGUGUCAGCUCCCUCAAAAUUGACCUGCUAAUGGAUUUUCUGAAUGAAUUCUAUGCCCAUCCCAGAUUACAGGAUUAUUAUGUUGUGAUACUUUGCCCAACUGAAAUGGAUGCCCAGGUUCGAAGAGUCCUGCAGAUUCCCAUGUGGUCGCAACGAGUUAUCUAUCUACAAGGAUCUGCAUUGAAAGACCAAGACCUUCUGAGAGCCAAGAUGGAUAAUGCAGAAGCUUGUUUUAUUUUAAGUAGUCGAUGUGAAGUUGACCGGACAGCUGCAGAUCACCAAACAAUUUUAAGAGCUUGGGCUGUUAAGGAUUUUGCCCCAAAUCGCCCUCUGUAUGUUCAGAUACUGAAGCCCGAGAAUAAAUUUCAUGUCAAAUUUGCAGAUCACGUGGUCUGUGAAGAGGAGUUUAAGUAUGCCAUGCUGGCACUCAAUUGCAUCUGCCCAGCAACAUCUACCUUGAUAACCCUGCUUGUUCAUACCUCAAGAGGACAGGAGGGCCAGCAAUCGCCAGAACAGUGGCAGGAGAUGUAUGGGAGAUGCUCUGGGAAUGAAGUCUACCACAUUGUCAUGGAAGAAAGUAUAUUUUUUGCAGAGUAUGAGGGGAAGAGCUUCACAUAUGCCUCCUUCCAUGCACACAAAAAAUAUGGGGUCUGUUUGAUUGGUGCACGGAGAGAAGACAAUAAAAAUAUUUUAUUAAAUCCCGGGCCUCGCUACAUAAUGAAUUCCACAGAUACUUGUUUUUACAUCAACAUCAUCAAGGAAGAAAAUUCAACCUUUAAAAAACAGGAGGAAGAAGAAAGAACCAGGGCAUCCAAUUCAUUUUAUCAGGGGCCUUCUCGACUACCUGUACACAGUAUUAUUGCUAGUAUGGGCACAGUUGCUAUUGACCUGCAUGACACAGGGUGCAGAUCUUCGAGUGGUCCAAACUUGACUCUUCCUGCUGAUGGCUGUAAAGGGGGGAGGAGGCCCAGCAUCGCACCUGUAUUAGAAGUGGCAGACGCUUCAUCCGUUCAAACAUGUGAUUUACUCAGUGACCAAUCAGAAGAUGAAGCAACACCUUCAGACGAUGAAGAAUCAACACGGGAAGAAUAUAUAAAGGGUUAUCCUCCAAAUUCCCCUUACAUUGGGAGCUCACCAACAUUUUGCCAUCUGCUUCGAGAGAAGGUACCAUUCUGCUGUUUAAGACUUGAUAAGGGUUGUCAGCAUAACUGUCAUGAAGAUGCAAAAUCAUAUGGUUUUAAAAACAAGUUAAUCAUCGUUUCUGCAGAGGCUGUUGGCAAUGGCCUGUACAACUUCAUUGUUCCUCUCAGGGCUUACUAUAGACCAAAAAGAGAGCUCAACCCUAUAGUUGUUCUACUGGAUAUCCCGCCAGAUUUGCAUUUUCUUGAGGCAAUCUGCUGGUUUCCAAUGGUUUACUACAUGGUUGGCUCAAUUGACAACCUAGAUGAUUUGCUUCGGUGUGGAGUCUCCUUUGCCGCUAACAUGGUGGUUGUGGAUAAGGAGAGCACCAUGAGCGCUGAAGAAGACUACAUGGCAGAUGCCAAAACCAUUGUGAACGUACAGACACUCUUCCGACUGUUUUCAAGUCUCAGUAUUAUCACAGAACUUACACACCCUGCAAAUAUGAGAUUCAUGCAGUUUAGAGCAAAAGACUGCUACUCCCUGACACUUUCAAAACUUGAAAAGAAAGAACGUGAGAAAGGCUCCAAUCUAGCAUUCAUGUUCCGAUUGCCAUUUGCUGCCGGAAGAGUGUUUAGCAUUAGCAUGCUGGAUACUCUGCUGUACCAGUCCUUUGUGAAAGACUAUAUGAUUUCCAUCACAAGGCUGCUUCUGGGGUUGGAUACCACACCUGGAUCUGGGUUUCUUUGUGCUAUGAAAAUCACAGAGGAUGAUUUAUGGAUCAGGACAUAUGGAAGGCUGUAUCAGAAGCUGUGCUCCUCCACAGGAGAUAUUCCCAUCGGAGUUUACAGAACAGAAUCACACAAACUAGCAACUUCAGAGUCUCAGAUUUCAGUUAACGUUGAUUACUGUGAAGAUACAAAAGAAACAAAAGACACUUUUGGUUACCGGAAUAACCACCGCAACUCAACAUCGAGUGACCAGUCGGAUCGGCCACUCUUGAGAAAGAAAAGUAUGCAGUGGGCGAGACGACUGAGCAGAAAAGUGCCAAAACACUUCAGCAAAACAGAAGAGAAAAUAAGCAAGCAAAGAAUGAGCCUUUGCAAGAGAUCUGAAAGACAAGAACUGGCUGAAUUGGUUAAAAACCGAAUGAAGAAUCUUGGUCUCUCAACAGCUGGCUGUGAAGGAAUGAAUGAUCAUCAAAACAUGCUCUCAUACAUUUUAAUAAACCCUUCUCCAGACACACGCCUCGAACUGAGCGAUAUUGUCUACUUAAUCCGUCCUGAUCCACUGGCCUAUGUUCCGAAGGAUCCCGACAGCAGGAAAAGUAGUGUGGGCAAUAACACUGGAGUUGGUCAAGACGAGACCCAGCUUUGAUGAAUUCAAAUAAGCUAUGGACUGAAAGAAAACAGAAAACAUUUUACCUUCAAGUAUUAAGACACAAGAAUAGCCAACAAAAAUGUUGUACUUACAGUUCAUGACUAAUCAAAGCAACUUUUAUAUAGACAUACAUAAUCAACUGAUAUUCAAUCUGGAGCUAGACACUAUAUUAGUAUGAUUUCUAAGGCCCUGAUCUUUAAUCAGAAAAUUAGUUAUUUACAACAUGGGUAAAGUUUUAAGUGUAUUUGUAAGCGUCCAUGCAUGCCUAAGCAUCAAAGAUUAUUACAUGACUCCCAUGCUACUGUUUUACCCUGGUGAGGUGUGUUUCAAAAGGAAAAUUCACGAUGCUUAAAAUGGUUUGAACAUAACUGUGGCAGUGUGCCAGGUCCCUGUGUGUAUUUUAUGUUAUAUGUUGUGUGUGGUGUGUUAAUGUUGGUGGAUAUAUAUAUUGGUGCACAGGAUAUAAUGUGGGAUAUUUAGCAUGAGUGAUUUAAAAUAUAUAGUUGUAUUUAGGUACGGGGAUUGCACAAUCGCUUCACGUGCAGAUAAAGUGUGUAAUAGUAUGUGAGCAUGGGAUUGCACAAAUUAGUUCACGUGCUGGAAUUCAAGUGAAUAAUUAAUUAGCAAUUGAAUCCCAGUACAACCGUAUAUAUAGAUGCACGUUUGACUCACUCAGGUUUGGGUGUUCAAAGACAGAGAAAGGAUAUAAUAUGAAUGAAUGAAUUAAAAUAAGAAACAUAACCAUUGCUAUUUCGUGCUGGAAGCACCAGCACGGUACUUGUUUGUGGAGUGUUCGUCCCUGUUUGUUAGUGUCUGUCUGUUUUGGCCACUGCGUCGUUUUGUUGCAAGUGUUUUUCGUUUGUUUAACCUUUUUAUUCUGUUCAUUUAUUAAACCCCACAAGCAGAGCUUUCAGUCACUCGCAGUGCUGUGUGUUUCUUCCGGGUCUCACGUCACAGUUCAGACCAGCUUGCCACAAUGACCCAGAUCUCAAACACUUGUCAUCAAUCUAAUUGGGUGAAUGCAUUCACAUAUAAAAGGAAAGCAUUCCUCCAGAUCUGGAAUCCUGUGCAAUCUAUGUCUUGCCACGGUGCAGCUAAAAUGCAGGGGUGUUCCAUAAACAUCUAAUUAUACAUUAAAUGAUUACUUUUAAUCCAAACUAGAGACUCAGUCAACUUUCAUAAACUAUGAAAGUACCGAUGCAAACUUAAAAAAAAAUAUCACCUAUCCCCAAUUUCUAUAAUCUAACUACUAUUUUUUGAAUGCAGAGAAAUAAAAUAGAGACAUGAAAGGAUGAAGCUCAAUAAAUAGUUUAAUGCUGAUAAGAUUUUUUUUUUUUUUUUACUAGAAUCCACCAGCAUACUAUUUAUAGAGCUUUGAUGUUCAGUAGAGCCUUAUCUCUGUUAUGCAACUGGCUUAUAUAACACUUUUCUAUCUCUAAGAAUUAGUUAAAAGAGCACAAAAAUAUAACUUCAAAAAAUAUUUUCUUAAAUGUGGGAAGUUGUAUACAGAAACUUAAAUAGUAAUAAAUGUAACUGUAAACAAAGUUUAUUGUGAACAUCAUGUUUGUAUUCCAUUUCGGCAUUUUGUUUUGGUUUAUGUUGGUUUAUGCAGCGGAAUGUUAAAUGGAUAACCCUUGGUGGUGGUGUACAUUUUUUAUGGCCAUAUUUUUGUCACAGGAUUAUUAUAUACCUUAAAUGUCUAAAAAAAACACAAAAAAAAUGUCUGCAGUAUAUCAUGGUACAAGCACAGGCUACAGAACUCUCAGCUCUUACAAGGGUGUGGUCUGUUGCAAACAGUAUACAGGAUUUCAAAAGCAGCCUAGCUGGUAUAAAACCUCUUUACAUUGAACCAAAACUGAACAUAACCAUUGCAUAAGCUUCUAAAUGAAAUACACCCACACUCUACAAAACAGAUCUGCUCUCUUUAUUCCCCUUGUGCAUUAACAAAAGGCAAUGUUUCAAAGUAGCAACAAGCUGUUGUGGCAGACAUUCUUCUUUUUGUUUGAUGGUAAUAUUUUGUUAGGAAGCAAAACAAAACAUACUUCCAAGUUAGCGAUGACCAAUUAUAACAGAUCAGCUAUUUCCAUGGUUAGACCUAAACGGAAUGCACAGUACUGCAUAGACAUCAAGUUACCACAUUCCAUUCCUAUUGACUAUUGUUAUUGAGUUUAUGCUAAUAUAAUACUCACUCAAGGUUUUAUCAAAUUUCCAAAAACUGGGGGAAUAUUUCUCAUUGUUGAUAUUAUUUACACAAUAAUAAUAAAUACAAAUACACAUCAUAACCUGAAACCUUGCAGGCAUUUCAAUUGCUUUUUUUGGAGAGUGCAUUUGGUACUGUGAUCCAAAUCUUUAACAUUACGGUUAAUUACGGCAAUUAUAACAAGUUUAGCUAACGAUAAAUAAUUGUAUAUCAAAGAAAUGGUGGAUCACGUCAAUGGCAUCACCAGGAUACUGGGCUGCAGGGCUUUAUAAUCAUGUAAUGCAGAGAGGUAGUUUACUGCAAUAUCUGCCUCUUCAUAACAUUAAAAACAAGAAACAUUCAGCUGUAUAAAUUAACCUUAUGCAAAUGUUCUCAUUAAAAUGGUUUUAAUUUAACAAUGUGAGAUUUAUGCUAUUGAUAAUACAAAAAACAUUCUCGACAAAGCAGUUGGCUUAUUUUAUGAUUAUGUUUCUUUUAAAUACUGAUGAACAUCUGUCCGUCACAGUUACAGUUGUCUUUAAAUGGUAUCCAGUCUCUCAAAGAGGUCAAAGAUAAGCGGAGAGGAUGAGCUACCCUCUCACUCCCAAACAGGGGUAUCUCUCUAGGACACAAAAAAAAAAAAAUACAGAAUGGUUACGUGUUUUUAGAACUUGAGUUUAACCCUGCAUGUCAAUUACUUCCCAAAGGAAUUCAUAUUUCUACCACCAUAUGUGCAAAAUCACUUAUUAUUUAUAUGUUAUAUUUUAUGUGAUAUAACCUCAGGCACAGAGAUAACUAACCUAAUGCAAAAAAAUAUUUUUUGUUGUUAUUUUGUUAAUUAACCACUCUGCAAUUUAUACAAUCAGUUACAAUUGCUUGACAGUUGCAAUUUAUUUAUUUUUUUACCAGAACAAGGUUGCUCAAAGUCGAUUAAACUUUGCAUGGACAUUUCUUGAAAGAAGCAAUUCCUCUGUAAAGGGGCGUUUGACACCGGACGCGGCGCGACAGUGCCGUGCAGCAAAAACAAUUGUUUUCAAUGAAGGCGGUCACGCGCAGCAGCACUCAAGCGGUACCGCAGAGCAGCGUGCAGGAGAUAAACUAUUUACAACUUUCGCCGUGCCAUGACGUAAACUACCAGCAGCCAAUCAGGGGAAAGUAGGAGGCUCCUUUGUGAGGAAGAAAUAAAUAAAAUAAAACUGAGGAAAAGCUUGUGGUUCUGAUUUCAGAUUUUCCAGAGUUGUUACCUUUUUCUUUUCUUGAGGAUGUCAUGGACCCACAGCGAUCGUACAUUUUUUUUUUCUUUCUCCGGUAGAGCAAGGCGAUCACAGUUCUCUUUUUUUGUUUGCUGUUCAUUGUUCCAGGUAUUGUGUUGUCAGAUGCACAGUACCACUGAUUG